UUGCUAAAUUACGUUUCAUUAUAUUUUAUAAACAUAUUUCAAAAGAUGAAUGGCAUCAUUUUGACUGGUUCAUUGUUCUUAAGUUUAUGCAAUAUGGCAAUGAUGCAAAUUGUUGUAGAAAAAGUUCCAUUGAUAAAUCAUAAACAAAAUGAAACUUCACUUGAAUUUGGUGGAAUAAUCUUCUCCUUGCUCCAGAACUCGACCGUAAAAAUACAAUAUGGAACGUGUUCAACUAUAAUGGACCUCUCACCAGUAACUCCUACAGAAAACUCAACACGAACUGGUACUCGUUCCAUAUACGAUAAUUGUUCGGUAAAGAAGAGGACACCAAGAAGGCAGAAAAAUCCUGAAUAA